CAAUACCUCUACCUCACGGUCUUUACGAUCUGCAGUACGACUGGACCAUCUCUUUCGUUUCCUGACGCAGUGUCGACAUGCCGGUGUUGGCUCCUCCAAUCACACCCAUCGAGCCAGAUAUAUUCGACGACGAUGAUGAGGGAUGGCAAGACAUGCCGGUCGUCCGAGAGGCGGAUGAGUUCGCCGGCGGGCUGGACGAGGAGGACCAGAAGAAGUACAAGUACGUCCCAACCGCAAAGAAAGACUCCGUAGCCGGGAAGCAGAUCGGCAAUGCGACCGGGAACGUCUUGGAUGUCGACUUCGAAGGGCAGGAGUGGAGAGCUAAGGUCGACCAGAAUGAAGGCGAGUACACUCGGAUACGAUUGAAUGAGGAGGACGAGUCGGACGAGGUGCACAUGCGGACGAAGUAUCUCUUCGAUGAGGACAAGGCUAUGACCCCGCUCAGCCAGAUGCAAGCUACGAAGGACCUUCUAACAGAGGCGCAGCGUAUAGCCUACGUUGGUCUCUGCGCGCUCACUAGUCGCGAGAUGUCCGACCAGCUCAGGGUCCUCAAUCGGAAAGAGCUGAAGAAGGCUAUCGAGAGCAUGGAGCUGUGGGCUUUGAAGAUCAUGGGUCGGUUAUAUUACCAUAUGGAACUUCUGACUGAAGAACAGAAGAUGAUUGACAGUCUCGCUAUGCACGGAAUCCAAGCCAAAGAUCUCGUGCCUGCUCUUAUGACUACCCACACAGUCGCCAACCCUGAAUACGACCCAGUUGAGGCGCAGCGACAAGCCGACGAACAUCUAACCGCUGAGAUGGCGAAGCUGGAUGCGAUGGAGGGCGAGUCCGCAGACGUCUCAGACUCGCUAGCCACCACACCAAAGGCGGCGACGGCCAGUCCUGAACAGCAUGACACGCAUAAACUUGCGCAGACAACUGUGAAAAUCUUGGAGGAUACUUCGGAGACUGUCCCCGGAGUCAGCACGCAUCUGUCUGUCGCGGACAAGAAUGUCACACUCGAUAUCCGGUGGACUGUGCUCUGCGACCUCUUCCUUGUACUCAUUGCCGAUAGCGUGUACGAUGCGCGCUCUCGUGUGCUGCUAGAGAACGUGGCGCUCAAGCUUGGACUCGGCUGGCUGGACGUCGUGAAGUUCGAGCGACGGGUUACCGAGGCGCUUGAGAUUGAAGAAAGCAUCGAGACGCUCGAGGAGCAGGAUGUUAUCAAGGGCGUGCAGAAGGCUACUAGGAGGCGUCGGUUCAUGAUGCUCGGCUUGGCUACACUAGGCGGCGGUCUUGUCAUCGGGCUGUCGGCAGGUCUUCUUGCGCCUGUCAUCGGCGCAGGUCUUGGAGCGGCCUUUACGACCAUUGGAAUCACUGGUACAACUGGUUUCCUGGCGGGGACUGCUGGAGCAGCUGUCAUCACCACCGGCGGUGUCCUCACCGGAUCAGGAUUGGCCGCCCACGGAAUGUCCAACAGAACCAGAUACGUGCGGACAUUCGAGAUUCUCCCGCUGCACAACAACAAGCGCGUGAAUUGUAUCCUCACAGUCCCUGGAUUCAUGAACGGUCCUUAUGAUGACGUUCGCCUACCCUUCAGUGUCCUGGAUCCUGUUGUCGGUGACGUCUUCAGUGUCCUCUGGGAGCCGGAGAUGAUUCGAGAAACCGGAAGUGCACUCAAGAUCCUGACGAGCGAAGUCCUGACGCAAUUGGCCCAAACUGCACUGCAAGCUACCGUGAUGACAGCAUUGAUGAGUGCUCUACAGUGGCCGAUCAUUCUGACGAAGCUGGGCUACCUCAUCGACAAUCCAUGGUCAAAUGCGCUCGAUCGAGCCAAAUCUGCGGGACUCGUUCUCGCCGACGUGCUCAUCCGCCGACACCUCGGUGUGCGUCCCAUCACCCUAAUUGGAUUCUCACUCGGUUCUCGAGUCAUCUUCUACGCGCUGCUAGAGCUCGCGAAGCACAAGCACUUCGGUAUCGUACAGGACGUCAUCCUCUUGGGCGCGACCGUCACUGCGCCUCAGCGUACAUGGAUCGAAGUGCGAUCAGUCGUCUCCGGUCGCUUCGUCAACUGCUAUGCACGCAAUGACUGGGUGCUGAACUAUCUGUUCCGCGCCACUGCGGGUAGCUUGAACACGGUCGCGGGCUUGCGGCCAGUGGAGAACGUCCCUGGAGUGGAGAACAACGAUGUCACGGACAAGAUCGCUGGACACAUGAGCUAUCGAACGUUCAUGCCGCUAAUCCUGGAUCAGCUUGGUUUUCCCGUCUCUGCAGACUACUUUGAUGAGCCAGUGGAGCCCGACUUCGAGGGUGAGCGGAUCGUGGUCCGGGAGGGCGAGGAAGAGACGAAGAAGCGCGGCUGGUUCUCCCGAAAGAAGAGAAACUCGACUGAGCAUCCGCGCACCUCGCGCCCACCGUCGGUAUCGGCAGGCUCCCCCCAGAAACAGCAACGAUUAUCGCAAUCCAGCAAUGGCGAUGAUGAUCUGCCACCGCGAGAGACAGUGGCUGUCCCGGCACCCUCGGCACCCAAUCCAUCCGCCGUCGACGUUCCUCUGCCCCCUACGCCCGCUGCCGAGUCCGCUGCCCCUACGGGAGAGGCGGAAGGCGAUGUGUCAAGUGCUCUCCCAGUCACAGCAGGGUUCAACUUCGCGGCCAUUAAGGAGGUCAUAGGCAAGGACGCUGACCCAUCAGAAUUGCAAUUCUCAGCCCCAAAUCGAUUCCCCGCACCCCGCAUCCACGAACCUACACUACGCUCAGAAAGCGUUCCUCUUCCUUCCCCAGUACCGAGUUCACCCGACGCCACUCCUACCAUGCGCACCUCCCUUGAUGUGAGGCAAGUGGAGAGCCAGCCGGUAGCAGGCCCGAGUUCAUACGACCGUCGUGAACCCCAUCAACGGUCACAUUCCUUCGACUCAGCUCUUGACGGAGACGAUGGUGACGUUUCGUCGCAAUUAUCCGGGCAGUCCUCGCGAGGGGCUGAGGGACCUGCUUACGGUUCAGUUGCUGCAACCAGUAGCUCAUUUUGGCCGUCUGAGCCGAUAGAGACUACGCCGACAUUCAAUGCGUUCGGUGCCUACAAGCCGGCUUUCGGACAAAGCACGCCACUGUCGAGAGGCAACAUGACGUUUGGCGCCCCGGCGUCCGCCCCGUUCGAUCCCUUGGCCUCUUCACCACUCACCCGCAAUCCAUUCGCCUCACCUCCAGGAGACUCACAACUGUCGUUUGGUGGUAUUGACGGCUCUAUCACCCACUCGCCAUCACCCCGAACGUGGGUAGGGAGCCGUGGGACUUCACUCCUAGCGUGUUCAGCGGCGACGGGCGGAAGAAAGGCGCAAGCACGCUUGACCUGAACCCAUGGCAAAGCUAAGACAGA